AUGUUUCCACACACUGGCAUGGACACCAUCAACACAAAACGGACAGCUAACCUGGCUGUCCGUCAAUACUUUCAAGCCCAUGGUCCUUCUGCCAAGCAGAAUGCAGAGUGGGUGGAGAAGUCAGAGCUGCCCUCUGAGGAAGAACUCGUGGGUUCCGAGGGCAUUACAGACGGUGAUGUUCUUCUGCAGCCAAAUUGCACCACAAAACCUUGGGGGUCAACCGGGGAAUACAUGGGAGCUCACUAUGCCCUCCUACGGGAGGAUUCUGUUGCGCCACUUCGUGACGCAGUGGCAUACAUGCGGGCUGAUCCCUCGAUGGUUGACACCAAGGAUGUGGUUGUGUAUGAAAAGGUACACAUUGUUCGCAUCACUAUGGCUCAGGGAGGCAUGGCCUUUCGGAUACGAUUCUCCACUCAUCGUGCUGGUAAAAAGAUCUUAUGGAAGUACUCUUCUCGCUUGCUUGCCGGAUCUGUGGUUGCUUUGUCUCCCGCUAAGGACGCAUUCAAAUCCAAGUGUGUGGUCGCAACUGUUGCAGCUCGACCGCUGGAUCUGGUCUCAAAUUAUCCUCACCAAGUCGAUAUUUACUUCGCCACUCCCGAAGAUAUCGAUUUCGAUCCACAGACAGAAUGGAUCAUGGUUGAGUCUAGAGUGGGUUAUUUUGAAGCCUAUCGGCACACCCUCACAGCUCUUCAGAAGCUUUAUCAUGAAAGUUUCCCUUUGAGCAAUCACAUCUGUCACUUGGACGCCAAUGUUCCGGUCUCGGACAGUAUUAUGGAAAAUUCUUCAUUAGAUUUCCAGUGCCUGACUGGCACCUCUUCUGAAGUCAAAUCUUCGUACAAUGUUCUGACAGAUCUUCCCACGACCCCAUUGGGAAAUCUUAACGAUCUUCAAUGGCAAGCCCUAAAAGAGAUGCUGACAAAAAAGCUCGCCCUGAUUCAGGGACCUCCAGGAACAGGAAAGACUCAUAUAUCUGUCAUUGCGCUGAAAAUCCUUCUCGCCAAUACGAUUGCCGGUGAGCCUCCUAUCAUCAUUGCCGCUCAUACAAACCAUGCAUUGGACCAGCUUCUCAGACAAGUGGCCCAUUUUGAAAAGAACUAUAUUCGGUUGGGUGGGAGGUGCAAGGAUUUAGAAAUUUGCCAAAGAACGCUGUACUCCGUCAGACGUUCCUUCAACCCUCGUCGCCUGGAUGAUGGCCUUUUAGAGCCAGCGAUGACAGAGUAUCGACAAAUUACCGCUGAGAUUGUUGAGCUUUUCAAGCCAUUGGAGAAUGAACUAGUUUGCAUGGGCCCUCUGAGCGCUGGUACAUUCGUCAAAUAUGGUCUCUUGACCCAAGAGCAAUUCGAUUCCAUGGCGCAGGAGACCAAUGUAUGGCUGACGGCCAGUGGUGAUCAGAGAGUGGAUCCGUUCAAGGAGUGGCUUAGUGACCAAAUUGAACUAUUUGAGCCAAAUUACGGUGAGGAGAAUGAGAAUUCCAUAUUUGAUGACAUCGACGCAGAGUAUGAGCAGCUACAAGAGCUCGAAGCUGAGCAAGGGCCUGAUAAUGAAGAUUAUGAGGGUCUGAAAGGAAGAUCUGUGACUUUCGCGACAUCCUUUCGCGGCAAGUCACGGGAGGUGGUUUCAGAGGAGACCAUUGAGCUCUAUCUUCAGAGCCCAGACUUUUCGAAGGUUCCGAUUAAACAUCGAGGCUCACUCUAUAAUCACCUUCGCGCGAAGUUGUUUCAAAUCCUUCAAAAACACGUAUCUAAAUUGGCCUCUUUUUACGCUGGAGUUUCAAACAACUUGCGCAUCGGCAGAUGGGAACGUGACCAUGAAAUUCUCCGAGGAGCCAAGCUGGUUGCAAUGACAACAACAGGUCUGUGCAAAUAUCGUGGCCUCUUGGCUAGUCUGAGCCCCAAGAUAGUUCUGAUCGAAGAAGCAGCUGAAGUUAUCGAAGCACCGGUUGCAGCUGCAUGCUUUGAGUCAUUGCAACAGUUGAUACUUGUUGGUGAUCACAAGCAGCUCAAGGGACAAUGCUCUAUGCAUGAUCUGGCAGGACCACCAUUCUUCCUGGAUGUAUCUAUGUUCGAACGGUUGGUUGCAAAUAACUUACCAUUUAUCAUGCUACGAGAGCAGCGACGCAUGAUACCAGAAAUCAGUGAACUCCUUCAGCCGAUUUAUGGAAAGCUUCAGGACCAUCAUUCAGUUACAGGAUAUCCUCCUAUUCCAGGAAUGGGGUCUAUGCGAUCAUAUUUCUUCGAUCAUCAGUGGCCCGAGAAUGGUGAUAGUCUUUCGUCAAAGCUCAAUGAGAUGGAGGCUGUCAUGACUGUCGGGCUCUACACGUAUCUGCUUAGGAACGGCACUCCGUCCAGUGCGAUGACAAUCUUGACAUUUUACAAUGGGCAGAGGAAGUUGUUGCUCAAACUUCUGAGAACAAACAAAGCUCUCGGGCAGCACAUUCCAAAUGUUGUUACGGUAGAUUCAUAUCAAGGUGAGGAGAACGACAUCAUUCUAGCCUCGCUUGUCCGCAGCAACACGUCCAAGGGAAUUGGAUUCCUUGCAGUUGACAAUCGGGUAUGCGUUGCAUUGUCUCGCGCUAGGCGGGGUUUUUUCCUUUUUGGAAAUUCGACAUUGCUUUCUUCUGUGAGUUCAUUAUGGAAGCAAGUCAUCGACAUAUUCGCUGUCGACGGCGACAGCCGCAUUGGAGGUGCCUUGAAACUCACCUGCGAGAGACAUGGCAGUCACAUGGAGGUCAAAGUUCCAGGGGAUUGGCAGCAGAUAAAUGGCGGCUGCGAUAUGGUGUGUGGGGCGACACUGAAGUGUGGUCAUAUCUUCUCACGGCAAGAUUAUCUGUCGGAAACCCUGCGGCGACAUCCGCUCGUGCUGUAA